GUUGUACUGGAAAUGCAGAUCCAGGGAGAAAACUCAGAUGGUUUUUUGUGAAGUAAAAAGAGAGACAUAGAGAUAAUAAAAAAUGACACUAGUCAAUCUACGAAACAUUAUAUUUGUUCCUCAAUUUCACAGUAGAUUUCUUAGUGAGAGUUUAGAAACCCUAGCUCAAGUAAACACCUUGUCAACUUCAACUGAUUAUCUGCAUUUUUCAUCAAUUUUGAGAAGAAGACAGAGUUGGAGCAUAGCCUUAGCAUUGAACACUGGCGGGACUCCUGAUGGUGGAAACCAAGACAACCUCAAUGCCAACAGUGGUGGUUUUGGCCAGACCAGGUUGGGUAGAAUAGUGGGUGCAGGUGGGAAACAGCUGUUAGCGAAGCUAAAUUCUGCUAGAAAGAACGUCCCUAUGAAAGUCUUUUUACUUCUCCUGGGUUUCUACACGGCUAACGCAUUAGCUACAAUUCUAGGUCAGACCGGUGAUUGGGAUGUCUUAGUAGCUGGUGUUGUUGUUGCUGCCAUCGAAGGGAUUGGAAUGCUUAUGUACAAAAAGACCUGCUCAUUCUCAACUGGGAGGUUCCAGCCCUUAAUUGGUAUGAUCAACUAUUGGAAAGCUGGUGUUUGUUUGGGUUUGUUUGUGGAUGCUUUUAAAUUGGGAAGUUGAAUAAGAAUAUCUAGUUUGCCUAAUCACCUGAAUCAUUUUAUGUAACUCCUGAUCCACUUCCAUCUUCUAUUAUAUAGAAGGAUAUUAUUGGGGCCUCACAUUCCAUUAGAGGGGCGUCACCUAAUAGGACAAAAACGGGUCAUUCAUAUGUAAUAUCAAAAACCCCUUAUCUCAAAUAAUUUUGUAAUGACUAAACAACCCUUAUUUA